AUGAAGACGAGGCAGAAAACAAAUUGUUUUAUAAGCAUCGGUUACUUUACUAAAUCUUUAGAAAUCAAUAAAUCAUUACAAGACAAAGUUCCUAGAGAUGUUCACAUAAGUGUGGUGGUGGUCCUUGAAGCGUAUAAUACAGCCCCGGAUCCAAUGGCCGUUAACAGUAAUAGACAAGAGCAGGACCAAACGCCGACGUCUACUGCCUCCCCGACGUAUUUGAUUAUCUUGAAGCUCAUGAGCAAACGCCGGACAUGGGUUUUCCUCUUCUUAUUUGUCUACACAAUCCUCUUGUCAUCAUCAUGGAACCUCCUACAAUCAGUUCUAUCAUGGUACGACGCCGCCGUUACCACCUCUCCUUCGUCCUCAACUGGCUGGCCGGCGAUCUACGCUUCGGUGGCUUUGGGUGUGAUUUUCGGCCUUCUUUCGAUGGCGGCCGCUUUAGCCGUGGCGAUUCCGGCCACCGUCGUCACCUGGAUAUCUGUGUUGGUUUUGUUGACAUUUUUUGGAAAGCCGAGGAAAUCGCUGGUGGUCGAAGGGAAGAAAUUGACGGCGGAGAUUACUCGGACGGUGGGUAAGAUAUUGAUCAAAGAAGGGAAUUUGGUUGCUGCUGUUUGUGCUGUUUUGGGGUAUUUCUUGCUAGUCAGGAAUGGCGGAAAAGACUAA